CUCCGGCGCGCGCGCGUGGUGCAGGUGGCGGCUUACCCCCCUCCCCCCCCCUUAGACCACCACUCGCUCCUCCCUCUCCCUCGCGCGGCGUGCGCGGGUGCGCGUGCUUCCGGGGGGCGCGUGGGUGCCGAGGCAGAGAGUGAUGUGGGCCGUGUUAUGGAGGGGUGCGAGUUUGAGUCGUGGCUGCAGCAGGUGUCGCGGGGCUUCGUGUCGCUGUCGGACGGGCAGCGCAACGCUGUUCUGGACGUCCUCAUUGCCAGCAGCGGCCCCACGCAACUGCGGCACCUGUCGACGCAGCUCGAGUCACUGCUGAAGCGUGACUUCCUGCGCCUGCUGCCGCUGGAGCUCAGCUUUCACCUGCUCAAAUGGCUGGACCCCAGGAGCCUGCUCACGUGCUGCCUAGUGUGCCGCUCGUGGAAUAAGGUGGUGAACGGCUGUAGCGAAGUGUGGUUAUCUGCAUGUCGUGAGCUGGGCUGGCGAGUUCCGGAUGAGUGCAGCACGCAGGAUGGCCGCCACUGGAAGUGCGCCUACAUCCAGGCCAACCGGCGGCUGCGUCAGCUGCGAAAGCAGCAGGCCUUUGAGACCUCCUCGCUUCUGGGACACAGUGCGCGUGUCUAUGCCCUCUACUACAAAGAUGGUCUACUGUGCACAGGCUCGGACGACCUCUCUGCCAAGCUGUGGGACGUAAAGACGGGGCAAUGCGUGUACGGCAUCCAGACGCACACGUGUGCUGAUGUCAAGUUUGACGAGCACAAGCUGGUGACGGCGUCCUUCGAUAAUACGCUGGCGUGCUGGGAGUGGAGCACGGGCAAGCGCACACGCCACUUCCGCGGGCACACUGCUGCAGUGUUCAGCGUGGAUUACCGAGAUGAGCUGGACAUCUUGGUGAGCGGCUCAGCCGACUUCGCCGUCAAGAUCUGGUCGCUCUCGUCCGCCGCCUGUCUCAACACGCUCACCGGACACUCGGAGUGGGUCACCAAGGUAACAAUGGUGGUUUUUCAGCAAAGCAUGGUGGAGUCCCUCAUGCACAGCCCAGGAGAAUUCAUCCUCCUAAGUGCUGACAAGUACGAAAUCAAGGUGUGGCCCAUCAGUCGUGAGAUCAACUGCCAGUGCUUAAGAACCCUGUCUGUGAGUGACGACCACACCAUCUGCCUGCAGCCUCAGUUGCACUGCGAUGGGCGCACGAUCAUGUGCGCCUCUGACCUCGGAGUCAUCCAGUGGGAUUUCUCCAACUACCAGCGGCUCAGGGUGAUGAAAUGUGGCGAUGCACCGCCGAUGUCGCUGCUGCGCUUUGGCGAGACGUUCGCACUGCUGCUGGAUCAGCGGAGCCUGUGCGUGGUGGACGUGCGCUCGGAGCGCUGUGUGGGCACGUGGCCGCUGCCCUCGUACCGCCGCUCCAAGCGGGGCUCGAGCUUCCUGGCCGGCGAGGCCGAGUGGCUGCACGGCUUCGGCGGCGGCAACGACCGGGGUCUGGUGUUUGCCACCAGCAUGCCGGACCACAGCAUCCACCUGGUGUUUUGGAAGGGUGACGGUUGAGCGCCGGGAAGCAGUGCAGAGUAAGGAAGUGCGAGCGGUGGCUGGCAGUGGGGGGGGAGAGCCAUCGGUUUAUAUCGGCAGUCUCCAGCGCAAGCUCUCAACGGCAAUGGGGGGGGGGGUAACCCCUGAAAGGGCUAUGGCCGUGUGAUGUUGACAGAAGAGUAAGGCAGUUAAUCCUCUUAAAAGUAAGGCAGUUAAUGUUUUAAUAAGCUGACCAUACACACCCCUCAUGCUCCUUUUAGUAAGCUCAAUUAUAGCCUGGGGUUCCAUAUUAAACAAAAGCCAUUUGUGCACGUGUGUAUGUGUAUUAUAUACGCGCGCACACACACACACAACUAUAGCUGUGACUGCUUUUAAAUUUAUGCGUAAUAUUAGCAUGACCAUGUUCACCCUCGUCAUAACUGAUAACAGCACUCUGCUGAUAUUUUGCCAAUAAGUGAGAAGAGGAAGAAUGUUGAGGAAGCCAGUUUGCACGACAUGGUGCAUAAGAGCUGUGCAAGUGGUGCUCUUGUCUGUAAGAGUCUAGAAAAGGCCACUGUACUCUCUGCAUGGGUCACAAGCUUAUAAUCUGCUGGAAGGCUCGCUGCAUCAAUAUUGCAACAAAGGGUGCUGACUUUAGCACAGAGCCAAGCUCGUCGAUGGUGCUUCAUAAUGACGGAACACAUUUUAACUUUAUUUUCUCCAGUCAUUGCGGCGCCAGCUUCAUAGCCAAGCCCUGUUUGACCGAGGAUUGCAUCAUUCUGGUCUUUGCAAGUAAGGCAACAAAAAUGAAAAAAAAAGUAUUGGCUUUCUUUCAUUGCGUCCGUGUCUUUUUUAAUUUAAUAUAUUUUUUAUAUAUGUAUAUUUAAUAGCUCGAUAACAAUAAAAUAAAUUGUACAGUUUAUACGGAGUUUAUGAGCCAAAUAAAUAUGGUUAUUGGCCUGUGGCUAACUGGAAGGCAUCAAGUGUCACGACUGAGUGAGCCUCUGCAUUGCUGCACAGGGCAUAUUGAUGUGCAAAGUCACCGAGUGGGGAAUCUGGGGAGAUUUGGUUUGUUUCCCACCCACCCAAGCGGUCAACAUUUGCAUGAAGCACACCUUGAUGCAGACGGGAAAGCAAGAUACUCACUAGUACGUGCCAGUAUCAGUCACACCUUAAUAACUGUUUUGGCUGUUACUUCUCUAUAUCAGUCUAUAUAAAGGCUGGCUGUAAUGUUGAUUAAUUUAUUUUUGAGCAUCUCAUUUAUUUGACACUGUUCACGAUCCAUCAUUUUUUUAUUUCACUCUAUACUUUUGGUUGCAGCUGGGCGGAGAGUACCGUAGUUGUUUUGCUGCUGUUGAGUGGGUUUAUUUUUCAACACCUUUUCCAUUAAUAAUAACACAUCUUAAGAAUGUCUUGCGGAAACAUAUUUAUGCCUUUAACCGUUAAAGCCCUACUAGACCAGAAGACAUGCAGGAGGUCACAGCUUUUACAGUUUCAAGGAGAAUGCUGCAGAUAUAAUCUGUUAAUUGUUCAAUCGAAAGUUCCUGAAUUGUCAGCGUUAUGUAAUAUAAAACUUGAACACCUGUACAAAUAAAUGAAAGUCUACUAUAGUUUUCUGUUUGUUUUUGAUUUAUUGAUUUAAAUGUCAUUUUUUGCUUGCCAUUCUAUAGCCUGCCAACAUAUUUUGUCAGAUGCUUUUUCCUGGGAACGUUUGAAAUGUAUAGUCUUAAAUAUUUCACCAAUGUUAAAGGAUAAACACCAAAAUAAAGCUAAACGAUUAUAUUUUUAUCAUGCUCAAUUUCAUUUUUUUGUUUGCAAAUUAACUCAGUUUCUGUAGAUGCGCAUUGUAAAGAAAUAUAGACGCACCAUUCAUCGGGUAAUCCAACAAAAUAUGAAUGUAUUUAAGAAUGUUGUGUUACUCUUGGUUUUUUCCCCAAUGAAUAAAAUAUAUUCAUAGUUUUGACAAUCUCAAAUAUGAAAUGGUUUUUGCCAAGAAUAUUACUGGUGUACAUUCAGAAAAUUAUCUGCACUCUGAGAUAAAUUCACUUAUUUUUUCCUGCUUUCACCAUCACCUUUUCUGUGCUGCACUCAUUUCACGGCCUAUACACAUUUGUGCUUUGUUAUCUGAGUGUAGUUUAUCUCUCCUGUGCUAAACAUGAACAAGGGUAAUCGUGUUGGCCUCUCUCUGCUGCAGUAUGUAAACAUUACUAAUGGCAAUGCAUGCACGCUUUUUUUUUACUCUUGGCCAAAUCGGCAAUCCUGAAGGUUUUGUGCUGGCAGUCUGCUAGUAGCCUGAAAAUUCUGUUUGGUGAUGACCUGGCAGUUAGUUAGUAGUGGGGGGUGUAAAAUCUGUCUAAUAUCCGCAGUGAGGUUGCAACUGUGAUUGCAUUACUUUUAUAGGAGUUUAAAAAUCACUGUUAUGCUUUCCCCGUCUCUGCACAUGGCUACUUUUGUUGAGAUACGCUUGAGGAUGCUGCUGGUGCUGCGGUGUAACGGUUAGUACUCAGGACUUGUCGCCGGUUCUGUCUGGCGCAGCAGCUGAAACAAUUUGCGAGUUUCUUACAUCAACCCACCUUUGACCACCCAACAGUAUUUUGGGUACAGCGCAGUUGAUCAGCAGAUUGUGUGUGAUAUGGCAAAGUGUGGGUUAUCGUAUCUCUUCCAAGUUGUCCGGCCAGCAUGGAAGAGUAGGCCAGAUACCCUUUAUAGGGUCUCUAUCUCCCUCAAGUGGAAGCCCUUCUGCCAGCAUUGGCGUGAGCAAUACAUUUAUAGCGCUGUACAUCAUCUAAAAGUUUAUCUGAUGUCCAUUCAGUCGUGCGUGUUUCCUGAAUGUAAUGUUGAAAACAAGACUGGUCUCGUGCAUGCAUGUUGCUUGUUUUAGCCGUUGCUGUAAAGUGCUGAAUGAACUAUUGGGCACAAUGCAACGUAACAGCUUGGAGGCUCGUAAGAAAGUGAGGGGGGUGGGACUACAGCCCCUCUUAACUCGGCAAAUGCAGGUCAGCUUCAAACGCUAUGUAUUGUUGUGCGUCUUUAACCUGAUCAUUCAUUUUACAGAAAGCAGACGAUCUGGAACUGAGAUGAAAUACAUCUGAAAGCUCAAGUUGGCUUGCAAUGUAGUUUAAAGUAGUUGUGUGUGGCCAAGAGUUGAGAGAGAUUUAAAACUAGUCACGAGUUUUAUCGUGCCUUUUUCAUGUUGAAAAAUGCACUGUUACAUUUGCUUUUAAAGCUAGGAUUCUUAUGUUUUACAGGUAUUUGAGUACUGAAAGCAAAUUAAUCCAGAACUUCCUUGUAGUAAUACAUUUAAUGAUAACAUGCUUAUUACUAAACACUGCAGUUUAUCUUUAGAACGCAUCACUAAAUGUGUGUAUUCAUGUACUAUGUACAAUUUACUGUGUAUCUUACACUGAUAAAACAUUUGUUUAGCGGUAUAAGUUGGGAUAAAUGCUUACAUCGUAAGCGUUUCUUGAGCAAUUUAGCAUAUCUAAACCUAUUUCUGUGUUUUUAAGUUGAAUGUCAUUUUGUCACUGACAAUUUUUGGCAUUAUUUAUGUACCUGACGUUGUACACUGCGGUCUUAGAUAUUCAAAAAGUAAUCCUAAUUGUAAGCAUUUUUUGUCAAACAGAAUUGUUCUGGGGCUCUUUAUGGCUUCCGAGAAUAUCAAAAUGACUCAUGGUUAACAAGGAUAAACUGAGCGUCUCUUCAUCCACUAGCGCUGUGCUGUGACUGUCCCUUGUGCAACCUGUUCCUCAUUAAUAAACCACUCCUCUCCUGUUCCA